AUGGGAACAAAACGCGAAAGAGAAGGGCGUGCUUUGCCUAGAAAGGCGUCAAAAAGGACAAAAGUGCAGGAAGAUUCAACCGAGGCUUCGGAGGAAUUCGUUGGCAUUGAUCAACUUGAAUGGAAGGAAGUUCAGCUCCCAGAUCGACUGGGUGAUGUCGGUGGGUUUUUUGGACUCGAAGAAAUAGACGGCGUGGACAUCGUGCGACCGAAAGCCAAUGGCCAGGUGAAAUUCAAGGUUGCGGCAGCAGACAACAAGCCGACCAAGUCGAUACUCAAGAAAACCGAACAUAGCGAGGAGACACCGGUUGAGCAUACCGACGAAUGGUCCGGCUUCAGUGAUGGCGAGGAAGAAGUGAAAACGAAAAAACCAAAGCAGAAGCAGAAGCCGAAGGCAGAAAAAACAAAGAAAGAUGUCACGGAUGGAGCAAACCCAAGUGCUAAGAAACAGCAACAACAACAACAAAGGCCGAGUGAGAAGGGAGACAAAUCGGGCGGCAAAAUACAGUCUUUGCCUUUUACGGCCCUCGAAGAGGAAGAAGCGGAUGGUGUAGAUGUUUCUGCAUGGGAUUCAUUAGGAUUGUCUCCGGCGCUACAGACAAGCAUUUCUAAGCUCAAAUUCUCGACACCCAGUGCGAUUCAAAAAGCGGUUAUACCGGAAAUCCUCGCUGGCCAUGAUGUGGUCGGUAAGGCUUCGACGGGUUCUGGAAAGACCCUAGCGUUUGGCAUACCUAUCCUUGAAUACUACUUGAACACUAGAGGCCAGCAUGACGGUGUGAAAGAUAGCAAGAAGAAAGAGACCUCGUCUGGACCAAUAGCACUGAUACUUUCCCCGACGAGGGAGCUCGCACAUCAACUAGCCAAGCACAUCGGAGAGCUCAACACACAUACCCCGGCGGCAAAUGCAAGAAUUGCACUCCUUACUGGUGGCUUGGCAAUUCAGAAGCAACAACGGUUGUUGACUGACGCUGAUAUUGUGAUUGGCACGCCGGGAAGAGCUUGGGAGAUUCUCAGUUCAGGAACGGGCCUUAUUCAAAGAAUGUCCAAGGUCAAAUACUUGGUUCUUGAUGAGGCCGACAGACUGCUCAGUGACGGGCAUUUCAAGGAACUGGAAGAGAUUCUAGAUGCCAUUGACCGAAAAGAAGACAACGACGAGGCAGAGCAAAAUUCUUCAGAUUCAGAAGAGGAGAAGAAGGAAGAAUCUACAUCCACGAGACAAACACUUGUCUUUUCAGCGACUUUCCACAAGGGGUUGCAACAAAAGCUGAGCGGGAAAAGCAAGUUUGUCAGUAGUGAUCUCAUGAACAAAAAGGAAUCUAUGGAGUAUCUACUACAAAAACUUCAAUUUCGUGAAGAGCGGCCGAAAUUCAUUGAUGUUAACCCAAUUUCGCAAAUGGCGCAAGGCUUGAAAGAGGGAAUUUUGGAAUGUGCUGCUAUGGAAAAGAAUCUGGGGAUUCCAGCAUUAGCCCUGCAUUCAAGUAUGGAACAGAAAGCGCGUCUACGGUCUGUUGAACGAUUCUCGUCUCCCGAGUCUGAUCCCAGCUCAGUCUUGGUGGCUACUGAUGUGGCAGCUCGUGGCCUUGAUAUUAAGGGUAUCAACAUGGUUGUCCAUUAUCACGUACCCCGAACCGCAGAUAUGUAUGUCCACAGAUCCGGACGUACCGCUCGCGCAGGAGCAUCUGGUAAGAGUGUUUUGAUCUGCGCACCCGAUGAAGUCGUCGGAGUAGCUCGACUUGUUGGCAAGGUCCACGCACAAGCGGAAGCAAGUGUAUCUGUGAAACGCAACCCCCUCGAAUCCCUCGAACUCGAUCGUCGGGUUAUCUCGCGUGUCAAGCCACGAGUGACAUUGGCGAAGAAGAUCACGGAAUCCAGUCUAGCCAAGGAGAAACUCUCGGCGGAAGACAAUUGGCUGCGUAAUGCAGCAGAGGAACUAGGCGUAGACUACGACAGCGAAGAAUUCGAGAAGCAGGGCAGUAGAGCGAAAGGUCGCGGUCGCGGUGGUGGUCGUUCGGAAAAGGAGAAGCAAGCGGGCGGUAUCACAAAGGCAGAGAUGGCAGCCUUACGAGGGGAGCUGAAGCAGCUCCUGUCCAAGCGAAUUAACAUUGGUAUCAGUGAACGAUAUAUUACGGCCGGACGUGUCGACGUCGAGGCAUUACUGAGUGGUGAAGGAAACAACAAGGCCUUCAUCGGAUUGGUGGAUAAAUUGGAAUUUUAG